ACGGCUGCGUAUGCGUUCGCAUCGCUCUCGCGAUACUUUGAUGUCAUACACUGAUCGGUCUGCUGCUGCUGUGUAAGCAAAACAUACCUCACAGAUCUCCGCGGAGGCGGCAGCGGCCACAUCUUUAUCUCUGUUCCUCACUGAAAAACAUCACACCGAUGCUCUUCAGUACAGUACAAGAUCAGCGAAGAACAUACACAUGAGGUGACAUUGAUCACAAAACACGACAGCCUCUCUGUAACUGAAUGGACUCUGUAGAUGUGUGUUAGUCCAGGUGUGUGUUUGCACAUUUGCCCCCUCAAUGGUGGACAAAGGCUCUGACUGACAGCACAAGUGUGUUUGCCUCUACUUUUGCCCGAUGGUGUCCUUGUUUAUCUGAGAGUGUUUGAGAAAAGCAAGCAUCAUGUCGAGGGCAGACAGGGCGAUUAACAGUGAAGCGGGUGACUGGGGCUACAGUGAGGAUGCUGGUGAAAGAGCAUGGCUCCUGCAGAGCCCCAGUGUGGACUCCAUCCAACCACCUAAUCAAUCUGACGACAGAAGGGGAGGGACUUCAUUACUUGGGGCUGUGUUUAUUGUGGUGAAUGCUGCUCUGGGAGCCGGACUUCUCAAUUUUCCUGCUGCUUUCAACAUGGCUGGAGGCGUCACAGCCGGAGUGACCCUUCAAAUGUGUAUGAUGGUAUUUAUCAUCACUGGGCUGGUGAUCUUGGCUUAUUGUUCUCAGGUGAGCAAUGAAACAACAUAUCAGGAGGUGAUUCGUGCUGUGUGUGGGAAGGUUCUUGGUGUCGUAUGUGAGCUGGGCAUUGCUGUUUACACAUUUGGCACCUGCAUAGCCUUCCUUAUUAUAAUUGGCGAUCAGUUAGACAAGCUGAUUGGCGCAAUAAAUCAUGAGUCGGAGAAGAUGAUUAGUUCGCACUGGUACACAGAUCGCAAGUUCACCAUCACUUUGACCUCAGUGCUGAUCAUACUUCCUCUAUCUAUACCCAAAGAGAUUGGCUUCCAGAAGUAUGCCAGCACCCUGAGUGUUAUCGGCACCUGGUAUGUGACAAUCAUAAUCAUCGUCAAAUACAUCUGGCCCGACAAAGACGUUUCUCCAGGAAUCAUCCCAGUCAGCCCUGCAUCCUGGACCGAUGUGUUCAAUGCCAUGCCCACAAUCUGCUUUGGUUUCCAGUGUCAUGUCAGUAGCGUUCCAGUUUUCAACAGCAUGAAGAAGCCAGAAAUCCGGCCCUGGUGGGCAGUUGUUACAGUCAGCGUGAUCAUCUGCCUCUUUGUGUAUACAGGCACAGGUGUCUGUGGCUUCCUGUCAUUUGGCUCAAGCGUAAGCCAGGAUGUUUUGAUGUCAUAUCCAUCUGAUGACAUUGCGGUGGCCAUUGCUCGAGCCUUCAUCAUCAUCUGUGUUGUUACCUCAUAUCCAAUCCUGCACUUCUGUGGAAGGGCAGUGCUGGAAGGUUUGUGGUUGCGUUUUAAAGGAGAGGAGGUGGAGACAGAUGUGGCCAGGGAACGGAGACGGAGAAUACUGCAGACAGUCGUCUGGUUUUGUCUCACAUUAAUUCUUGCUCUCUUCAUUCCUGAUAUCGGACGAGUGAUUUCACUAAUUGGUGGUUUGGCUGCAUGCUUCAUUUUUGUGUUUCCAGGGUUGUGCUUGAUUCAGGCAAAGCUUUCAGAGCAUGAUGUCAGAUCAACCAGUUGGAAGGGAAUGGUGGCCUAUGGGGUUGUUAUGGUUACGAUUGGUGCUUUCAUCUUUGGCCAGACGACCACAAAUGCCAUCUACCAAGAUAUCAUCAAUCAUCCCAGCAGCCCAUAGACGAGUUGUUGUGACCUCAUGAAUAUUGGGCUGUGAACCAAUAGAGACCAAUUAAAAACAAGGGAAAGAAGCCUGUCCAAAUCACGUCUACCACUGACCUCUAUCCAGUCUUCAGGAGACUGUUGCAAAUUUCUCCUAUUGUAAAGUGCAGCAGUCCCACAGAAGUCUGUACCUCUUGAUGUAGUGGAUCAUCCACCUGCAUGCAGCAUCAAGCUCUCUGCUCUGGCUGUUUGUGAAUGGAGGACCCCUGUGAAGGACAAUAUACGUCACUAUUUUCUGAAUGGAUAUGGACAUUGUGUUAAAUCCUCCAGUGUUAGAUCUUCCAAAUAUAGCCUCUUUCUUUUGAAAUGUAAUUGUUUUUUGUCCAUUCUCUUUUUUAAUUUUUAUGUUUUUUUUAAGAAACUGAUUUUAUGAAGGCCUUAUAUGCUUGACAUUGCAAAUGUGGUCAGUGUUCAUAAUGUUUACCCUUAGAAUCUUAUUGCAAACUUUUUUUCUUGAUGACUUGCACUGCUAAACAUGUAAUUCUACAGUUCCAUAAGAUCUUGUGUGUGUGUGUGAGAGAGUGUGACUUUAGAUCAGAAGUGACAUAAAAUGAUCAUUAUUUAAACUGUAUUUCAAAAAAUACUUGAUGAAUGGUUUUUAUUUUCAUUUAAUGCAUUGUUGUUUUAGCCACAUCUUCUGAAUGUGUUUUUCAUGAAAUUGUUGCUUAGGCCAAGGGUGCAAUUAUCUCUGAUUUUAUUAGUUCACUGGUACUUGAGUGAGUGAGAUGGUUAACUGAAAACUCAAUAAUUAUUUUGUGUUUAUUUAGUUUUAGGGGAGAAAUUCUGGUACUGAAGUGUGAGAAUGAGAAUUUAUUGGUUCCAUUAAACCAUUCUCCUAACAGUUUAAUUGUGCAAGUCACAGUUGUGGUGUGCUGGUAACCCCUUUUUGUACCACACGCUCCAAUUCUCAAUAAUGCCUACAUAUGAAAAUUCCUCAUGGAUUUAAUCAGUAACACUAGAUGCAUGUUUGCUUUUGCACAAUCGUGUAUUAUUGUAUGUUUUACUGUUUCAGUGCAAUCACUAAAGGGAUGUUCCCUGAGAAAUCAGCAAACUGC